GGUCGAUGCCACAUAAAAGGCGGAAAAGGCCACGGUAUGGCCGCUCUUGUGCUCCUUACGCUUCUCUCUGAUACUGGUCAAUAUGAACGACGUAAAUUCCACCGAGGACAACGCGGCUGUAAUCGCAGAUAAGUUAGCCGAGCCACCAACGAAUAUGAGCAAGCGUCAACUGAAGAAAUUGCGGAAGCAGGAGAGAUGGCAGGAGCGGAAGCCCGAGAAGAGAUUACAGGAGAGGAUCAAAACGCGGGAGAAGCGCGCGUUCGCGCGCGCGAACAACCUCAGUCUGGGUCCGUCCAGGAAGUUCUUGAAGAAGAGCACCAUGGCGGACAGCGCCUGCACGCUCACAGUGACCAUCGACCUGUCGUUCGACGAGCUGAUGAUCGACAAGGAUAUCGCCAAGUUGACGAAACAGAUAUUGCGGUGCUACACGUUGAACAGAAGGGCCGCGGCACCCAUGCAAUUUUCCCUCACCGGCUUCACGGGGAAGUCGCGCACCAGCAUGGAGAAGCACAACGGAUACGAGCAUUGGGAUGUGAGCUUUCACACGGAGCCGUAUAUCAACAUUUAUCCCAAAGACAAGAUCAUUUAUCUCACGAGUGAGUCGAAGAACGUGAUAGAUCAUCUGGAACACGAUUGCGUGUACGUCAUAGGUGGUCUCGUCGAUCAUAACGCACAUAAGGGUAUGUGCCACAAAUUAGCGAUAGAGGCGGGCGUUAGGCACGGCCGUCUGCCGUUAGACAAGUUCCUACAAAUGAAAGCAAGAAAAGUGUUGACUAUUGAUCAUGUCUUCGAGAUACUGCUGAGAGUCUCGGAGGGCAAUACCUGGCAGGAGGCGUUUUUAAAAGUGCUGCCGGAGAGGAAGAACGCUCGUCCGAUCGGUUCUGUGCAAUCCAAAGAAGACGGAGCGCAAGAUUCGAAACCUGUUGAUGUAAAUAAUGCGAUGCCGAUUGACACAAGUAAUGCCGUACCAAUUGAUAUAAAUAAUACGAGGCCGGUUGAUGUAAAUAACGUAGUUGAUGUAAAUAAUACAGUGACGAUUUUAAAAGACGUUUGCGAUAAGGAGAGCGAUUGCAAACCCGAGUGCAACGCAGACUCGAAGGAAAUCUUAAACGAGAAUUCGCGUAUAACGUAGAUCCGCGAACGGUGGAAUUUGUACAAAAAAAAAACGCAAAUAUUUAAGAAUUCGCGACGUGCAAAAAGCAGAAUAAAUUUUUACAAAUAUAAAAAAAUACAAUAUUUAUACACGCAAGAAAUCGAACCGCGAAACGUUCGAUCAAAUCGAUCGGAUUUGUUUUUAUCCGAAUAUAAAUUAUAAUGGCAAUUUGCCAUUUCAUUUUGACGCUAAUCCUUUUUGCUGUUUCGCGAUGCCGUGGGGAUCUCAAAGUCUAUUUUAUCGUUCUAUUUUUAAAAGGCCGCCGAAAAAUAUGCGGUUAUGCCAUAUUGCGCCGCUAGGUAAAGGCCGUGUAUAUACAUAUAAUAACAACAGCAUAUAUUUUUGUAUAGUCUGUCGUGUAUUUUCAAAUAUACGAGAUGCGUAGACAAGAGCAGCAAGACGGUAAACACCAAUUAUAAACGGGCUACAAAAACCGCGUCGGACUCUCGACAAAACACUUCGUCAAUAUCUUCUCGCG